CUUAAUUUUUCCCUGUAAUGCUACUGUCGGUCAUUCCUUUUUGGGUAGUUGAGCCGAUGCUUAUGGACUAUGCAAAGCCUGCAAGUAAGAGGAUUGGCGACACACGACACUGCCAAGUUGCGCCCAGCGCUGUGCGAUUACAUGUUUGUACUUAUAACCAAUACAAUUGUCGAGCCUCAUUCCGUCCCGCGGCUCAUAGGCCAGAAAGCUCCGCGGAAGGCUUCAUUGCGGAGUACGACUUGGCAGGCAUUCAGCUUGAGCCGCGUGCCCGGGCACAACUGCGCGCCUGGUACCUAGAAGAGCUUCGGCGCGGUCCCGAGGCAUGCGGUCAUGGCAUCGAUAGCAGUGCCGCCGCAGCCUCCUCCUCCUCGCCCUCCUCCACCGCCAGCAAGGACCUCCCCCCGCUGCCCCGAACCCGCCCCGGUAAACCCCGCCUCACCCUGCUAUGGGACCUGGAGUCCGUGAGGCCCUUCACGCAGCAGCAGCAACCGCCCCUGCUGAACCCUCUUAGCUUCCCAGCACCCGGAAACAGUGCAGACAGGCAACAACAGCAAUCGCACCCUCAGCAGCAGGAGCAGCAGCCCGCUUCUUCCUCCGCCUCACGUGCACGGGGACCAUCCCGUCUGGCAGCAGCAGGGCUCGCGGGUGCCGACCUCAUCGGCGCUCUGGACCGCCUCUGCCUCACGCUGCAACAGUACGGCAGCCUUCAUGCCGUACACCUGCUGGCGCGGGAGGCCAGCCUGCGCAAGUCGCCUGCGCUGCGGCGGCAGGUAGCGCAGCUGCGGACAUGGGUAGUGGGACCACAUGAGGAGGCGGCGGAGGAGGAGGAGCAUGAGAAGGAGCAUGAGAGGGAGGGGAUGUCACAACAACGGCAGCCGCAGCCGCAGCAGCAGCGACAGUCCCAGCUGAAGUCCGAAUCCGACCUCGUUCACGAUUGCCCCAUGUGUCGCUCUGCCUACUCCAGCCGCCGGGCGCUGCUACGGCACUUCACUGCCGUACAUCAGGCCCCGCUGCUGGCAGCCACCGCGAGUGACCCGCGGGUCUUUAUCAUGUGGACCCGCGGGCGGCCGGUUAGCCUGCCGUUGCCAUGUGCACCGCUGGGGGACGAGCAGGGGGCAGGGAGGAGGGGGAGGGAAGCGGAGGGACCGGGCAGAGCUCUGGAGGGUCGUGGGGCCGCAGGGGCGACGGUGACAGGGGGUGGUGCUGUUAGGGGGGUCUUGCAGGAGGACUCUGAGGAGGGGGAGGUUGGACCCGAUCAGGAGCCGCGUGUGCGGGUUAGCCCCCAGGAGUUUGUUUUCGCCCGGGAGCAGCUGAUGCGCGGUCGCCACCUGGAGCCGCUGCUCACCACCGCCGCCCUAGCAGCAGCAGCAGCAGCACCCGCAACAACAACAACAACAACAACAACACCUGUCCUGACGAUCACCACGCUAACCAACUCCAACGAACGGCAACGGCAACCGCCGGGGACAUGGGCAGCUCAGGGCAGACCCCGCAGCAGCAGCACCACCACCACCUCCAGCAGCAGCAGCAGCGAGGUGCUGGCCCCG